AGGCCCCUUAACGAUCUGAGCAGACGAGCGCUUGGAGUUGAAAAAGCACUUUCAGGGUUGCGGGCUUAUGUAGCUUCAACCCCCGCAGCACCGUAACACAUACCACACCCCAGCACACACCAUCCACUAGUCGUUCAGCUUCAGGUUAUCCUCGAGAUGGCAGACUUUGUCCAAGGCCUUGAUCCGGGGAAGCUGGUCUUGGCUGGGACGGUUCUUUCCUUCGCCAUCAGCCCAUUUUCUGCUCCUCCUUACAACCUACCACUUUUCUUGCUCGGAACUUUUGCUCAAGAAAGCAAUGACGCGGUUCAAUCUCUCAGGGUGUUCACCGGGUGCCUCGCCGUCUCCAUUCUCUAUGAUCUAAUUUGGAUGUUCACCAAUGCGCAACCUGUCCUAGUCAAAUUGUUGACUAUUCUACUCUUCCUGCUGAAGAUUCCUACGACUGUUGUCUUCCUUUUCACUUUACGCCAAAGGGGGACACAAUUUACACUCGGGACGGAUAUAGGUGGCGCAACGGUCUGGUCCAUGCCUGGUGGUUUCACGUCUAUGGGUCGUGACGGUUACCAGACUGUUGAUGACGAACCUCGUAGUCCUCCGCGGGUUGCCUCUGCUGGAAGACCUAGCACCGUUGCUGCUUCGCAACCCACCUUACAAACUGGGGCAUAUCAAAGCGCAUAAGAUACUUCGCUACGAUACAAGUGUGCCAUAUACAGGCUACAGGGAAAGUUCUGU